AUGUCUUCUGAAGAAUCGACAGUCCUUGGGUUUCCCGAAUACCCGAAAUUCCAACGGAAUCAGCCCCGCUUUCCGCAGGAGACAUUUCUUGGCAGAUACCUCCACUACCUUGAUGUCGUCGAUCCACGGACCCUAUUAACCAGUGACAGUCGUCUAAAGGAAUGCGUGGAAUUAUUGAAGGCGUACGAUGCAGGGGAGAAGAAUCUCGCUUCGGAUAGGGAAUUAUGGGAGGCACAAAAGAUAAAAGGCGCCAUCUUGCACCCAGAUACGGGUGAAAAAGUGCUUCCCCCAUUCCGAAUGUCCGGUUACGUACCGUUUGGAUGGAUCACGGUAACUGGUAUGUUGUUGCCAAAUCCGUCGAAUGCGUCACAGCCGCAACCCAUCUCGAAAUUUGUGGGAGCCUAUUUGGCUGCAGUCACAUCGGCUUGUUCUAUUGCUGGAGGCUUGACGUAUAUGAUCAAGAAGGCUGGAUCUCUGCCCCCAGCUACUCGCCUAAUUAUUCAACGUUUUGUCCCCCUGCCAGCCACUUCACUGGCCUCCCACACUGGAAUCGAGGUGUACGAUCGUGAGGGUACGGUAAUUGGUGUAAGCAAGGUGGCUGUAAAACAGGCAGUAACAGACACGGCGCUAACCCGUGCCUUCCUCCCGGUCCCCCUCCUCGCCCUCCCUCCAUGCAUUAUGCCAUUUUUUGAGAAAUUCCGUUGGGUUCAAAAAUCGGCGACUCGCCAUCUGCUCGUCAACGCCAUCGUUUGCACAAUUUCGUUUGGAAUUUCGCUACCAAUCGCUUUGGCCCUGUUCCCGCAGGAAUCUACGAUAUCCGUCAACCAACUGGAGCCCGAAUUCCGCGAGAAAACCCGCGCCACCGAGCUGUACUACAAUAAGGGACUC